AUGUCCCUGAGCCCGAAACACUCCACUCCUUUCUCUGUGAGUGAUAUCCUGAGCCCGCUGGAGGAGAGCUGCUUUAAGAAGUUUGCGUGCAUGGAGGGCGCUUACCGGCAGCCUCCCCCUCCUCCUCCCCCUCCAGCGCAGAGCGCGCAGCAUCAGCACCAUCAGCACCAACAGCACCAUCAUCAUCAUCAUCCUCAGCAGCAGCAGCAGCACGGAGUGAACCCCGGAGCUUAUCACGGGCCGCACGGGAUGUCACAGUUCUCACCCGCGGCGGUGGCGGGAUGCUGUAACGGGAGCCUCGGCGGCGUGGCGGAGCUGCCCACUUACCCGGAGAGUGUGAGGGGCGGCGCUGCCACUGCGGCCUGGUACGGAGCGAACCCGGAACCGCGUUACGCAGCACUUCCCAGGUUCCUGAGCUCCUCCCCCGCGGUGAACAUGAACGCGCUCUCCGGGAUGGACGCCAAGUCCAUGGUGACGCUGCACGCGGCUCCGCGCCGGAAGCGGCGCGUGCUCUUCUCCCAGGCGCAGGUGUUUGAGCUCGAGCGGCGCUUCAAGCAGCAGCGCUACCUGUCCGCGCCCGAGCGCGAGCACCUGGCCGCUCUGAUCCACCUGACCCCGAACCAGGUGAAGAUCUGGUUCCAGAACCACCGCUACAAGAUGAAACGGCAGGCCAAAGACAAAUCGGCGCGCGAGCCGCCGCAGCAGCAUCUGGAGGGCGGGGACGCGGGCCAGCAGCAGCAGCACUCACCGAGGCGCGUGACCGUGCCCGUGCUCGUCAAAGACGGCAAACCCUGUCAGAACGGAACCGACGCACAGACAUCCGGCCCGAACGCUGCUCUGGCUGCGCUUCCGCUUCCGCAACGGAGCCACACGGUGGAGUCUUUAGCGUCCGCAGCGGAAGAGCUCGAGGACAUGACGGCGAGUCCGCACGCGCUGCACAGCGCUCACCUGAGCGGCCUGUCCCACCUGGACUCCGCCCUCCUGGAGUACAACAUGGCCGGGUCGAACCUGCUGUACGGCAGAACUUGGUAGGCGGGCCAGGGUUUUGAGUUCGAGUCCGAGAACAACAACAGGACAGAAAGAAACGCGCGCGGGGAUUUUAUCAGAUUUAUAUCCAGAAACAGUCGGAGGUUCGGAGUUUCACACACCUGCUGACUGAUGGACAUCCGGGAAACCAGGCCACUCACUUCCGCAUCCCAUCACUCACUUCCCUCUCUUCAUCACAUCCCUCUCUUCAUCACAUCACAUCCCUCUGUCCCACAUCACAUCCCUCUCACAUCACUCUCUUCAUCACGUCACAUCCCUCUCACAUCACUCUCUUCAUC